AUGUCUGUGAACAAAAGAGACUCAGCACGAAAUGCAAUUAAACGCUCUCUUGAACUCAGUAAAGCUGAAAGCGGAAAAUACUCCAAACAGCAGCUGGAAGUAUACAUAGAGCUUUUACGUGAACAAUGGGGCCGGUUUAAUAUUGCUCAAGAAAUUGUGGAAGAGUCAUGCGGAGCGAACGCCAUAGAAGCAGAACAGUACGAAAGAGAACAGGGCGAACAAUGGUAUGCAUCCGCAAUGUCAAAUUUCAAAGCAAUGCUCGAAGCACAAUCUUCUCUUAACACAACAACUGUAGGCGAAGUUUCACGCAGCACAUCUGUCAUUCCAAACAUCAAGCUUCCAGCAUUUAAUUUACCUCAUUUUGAAGGAGAUCCGACAACAUGGCUCACAUUUUUCGACAGUUUCAGUGCCAUCGUACUAAAACACGAAACGCUGACUGGAAGUCAAAAAUUGCACUAUUUACGCUGCUGCUUGUCUAAAGAGCCGCUGCAACUAAUCUCAAAUUUCAAACUUCAAGAUGCAAAUUUCAGCGAAGCCUGGAAUUUAUUAACAACACGGUACAAUAUUCCGCGUGUUAUUAAAGAUCAUCAUUUCCGUGCUAUUUUUUCGGUGCAAAAGGCAAACAGCGACACUCCUACUGCAAUCAAAGGUGUACUAGACCCCAUCAUGCAAAAUGUUCGUGCAUUGAAAGCUUUGGCGCUGCCGGUUCAACAUUGGGAUGAAUGGCUUAUACACGUAAUUGUGCAUAGGCUAGCAAACGAAACAAGACGACAAUGGGAACUUUCACUUGGAGAACAACAAGAGGUAGAUCUUAAUAUUUUGCAGGAAUUUCUCGAAACUCGAUGUCGCUCGCUAGAGGCAGCGUUGACGCAUACUGGGCUUACGAAACAGACUGCAGCAAAACCCAAAAACAAAAUCAAUGCAUAUCACGCCACGCAAGGGGGUCAGACGGAUUCCAAACGGUGUUUGUAUUGUUCUGGUGAGCAUAGAAUUUAUCAAUGCCCUCAAUUUCGUGAAAUCCCGGUAACCACGCGAAAGGACGUAAUCCGAAAUAAAAACGCUUGUACAAACUGUUUGAGCGAGAUGCAUAAAAGAGACAAGUGCCGAAGCGCAUCAACGUGCAGAAUAUGCAGACAUCGCCACCAUACGCUACUUCAUUAUUCCGAAACCGGCACUACUUCGAUGGAUACUGCGAAUUCACAAUCAUCCAAAAAUAGUGACAAUGCAAACAUCACCUUACUUGCAAGGCAUUCGUCGUACUCUGCCACUGCCGCACUAAGCGCACCAGAAGCAACCGCUUCGGACACACAUUCUGACGCGACCUUUGGGCAAGCCGUUCUUCUCGCUACUGCCCAAUUACGAGCAUGUGACAUCAACGGAAAGCAGCAUGUUUUGCGCGCGCUUUUUGAUUCAGGCUCACACUCUUCAUUUAUAACUGAAGCAUGUGUUCAAAGAUUACAAUUAGCUAAAAGGCGAAGUGAAGUCAUUGUGUCCGGAAUCGGAUGCUCAAAGGGUAAGGUAAAGGGCGAAACAUCAUUGUUGUUGACGCCAAUGGAGGGCACCGAAACAUUCCCUCUAUCUGCUCUCGUGUUGACAAAGCUUACAGAAUCUUUGCCCGCGGCGAAAAUACACUCUUCCAAAUGGCCGCACAUUGAAGGCUUAAAAUUAGCUGAUCCGCAGUAUUACCUGCCAGCUCGCAUAGACUUAAUUAUAGGGUCUGAUGAAAUGUAUUCGCUAUUGGAAACAGAGGUUAUAAAGGGCCCGCCUAAUACUCCGAUCGCGCAGAAGACAGUUUUUGGCUGGGUGCUGUUCGGCAAGCUAACUACCUUAGAUAAAUCGAACAAUACAUCUCCUUGCUUAUAUUCAGAUAGCGACUUAACAAAGGCAGUGAUAAAGGCGUGGACACUUGAUGAAUUACCGGAGACUCGUUACUUUACGACAGAAGAGACAAGAUGUGAAAAUCUAUUCGAAACAACUCACCGACGAAACACGCAAGGGCGCUUUAUCGUGCAUUUCCCAUUUAGGGAAAAUAUUAAAUUAGGUGACUCACGGGCUAUAGCGGUACAAUGCUGGUUAAGAAUGGAAAGAAGGCUUGAGCUAAAUAACGAGCAUCGAGAACAAUAUCAUGCAUUCUUGCAAGAUAUGUUGGAUCAGGGUCAUAUGGAGCCGGUAAGUAACGUGCCUUCAUCAAAUUACUAUAUGCCACAUCACAGCGUUAUCAAAGAGUCGAGCUGCACAACGAAAACGCGUAUCGUUUUCAACGCUUCGCAAAAAACUACAAACGGCCUGUCGCUUAAUGAUAAUUUGAUGAUCGGGCCGCAACUUCAGGAAGACUUAGUUUCUAUUUUAAACCGCUUUCAAAUUCACAAGUACGCCUUAACCGCUGACAUCAGCGGUAUGUAUCGUCAGGUAAUGGUCGCUGAAGAACACGUCGAUUAUCAACGAGUCAUAUGGCGCAGAAGCAAACAUGAGCCCUUACAAGAUUUUCGUAUAUUAAGGGUUACUUAUGGUAUUGCCUCUAGCUCUCAUCUCGCAAUCAAAGCGCUGCAGCAGACAGCCAAAGAAGCCGCUACAUGCUACCCCCUCGCAUCUUCCGUCAUCCUCCGAGAUUUUUAUAUGGACGACUUGUUAACCGGUAGCUCAUCCGAAACAAGCCUCAAUAGUCUGCGCAAAGAAAUAUCCCGAAUACUUGGAAAUGGUUGCUUUGAACUGCGGAAGUGGGCAUCAAACUCGCCAUUCGUCAUCCGCAAUAUUCCUCUCGAUGCAAGAGAGCACAAUAUAUCUCAUUUGCUUGCUGACGACGAUACAGUACGCGCUUUAGGACUAAUGUGGAAUUCCACGGAUGACUACUUAUACUUCGACAUCAAAUUGGGGUCCCCACCGAAAAAUCUCACCAAAAGAUCGCUUUUGUCAGAUUCCUGUCGAUUAUUCGAUCCUACAGGGAAGCUGGCUCCAAUCACCUUGGUCCCCAAAACGUUAUUCCAACGACUCUGGCAACUUGGCUUAGACUGGGAUGAUGCAGUACCAGAAGACAUCGCCGCUUGCUGGCUGAAUCAUCGCGAGAAUUUAAAAUUACUUUCUGGACUCAAAAUCCAAAGAUGGCUUGGAACCGGAAUGGAAGGUUCAAAGACAGAUCUGCACUGCUUCGCAGACGCUUCAGAGCAGGCUUACGCUGGUGUAGUAUACGCUCGGACACGACAUGCUGACGGCUCAAUAACUGUAGCUAUGGUAAGUGCAAAAACAAAGGUCUCGCCUCUCCGUUCUAUUUCCAUAGCUAAGCUCGAGUUGUGCGCCGCCGUUCUGGUCUCAAAACUCGCACAUCACGUUCAACAAUCGUUAGCUGGACUGGUAUCCAAGAUAUAUGGAUGGACGGAUUCUAUGAACGCAUUGGCCUGGUUACAAAGCCACCCCAGCCGCUGGUCUGUAUUUGUAGCGAACCGAGUCGCAACAGCACAAUCGAAUAUAGCAUCGGAAGAUUGGUCCCAUGUGUGUACAACCGAUAAUCCAGCUGAUUGCGCAUCAAGAGGUAUGCAACCUGCGCAAUUUAUCCAGCAUAAAUUAUGGUGGAAUGGGCCUCCCUGGUUGUCGCAGGAUGAUAAAUACUGGCCUAACUCACCAUCAAUACCACCGACAGAGUUGGAACUGCGUCCAAAGCGAACCCUGACUCACACCGCUUCUAUUGGCGCUGCUAGCUUCAUAGCGCGAGAUAUGCUCGCUAGGUUUUCGUCGUUUUUACGUUUGAAACGCAUUACAGCUUAUUGGUUGCGAUAUAUACGCAAUUUGCGAGAAAAGCAAAGGCAAGGAGGUCCGUUAACAUACGCAGAGUUACGUGCCGCCGAAGAAUACUGGAUACGUCAGGUGCAAAGGGAAGCAUUCAACGAAGAAAUCUGGUGUUGCCAACACUCUAAACCUAUCUCGCUUCGCAGCUCACUAAUUCGGCUCAACGUAUUCCUCGACGACAACAACAUAUUAAGGGCGGGUAGUAGGAUUCGUCGCUCCGCUGUAUCGCCAGACAUCAAGUUUCCUAUCGUCUUACCGUCAAGGUCCAGCAUCGUUAUCAUGAUAAUUAAUGACCUUCACAAAAGCCUCUUGCACGGUGGACCACAACUUAUGCAGACCGUACUACAACGUCGGUUUUGGGUAAUGGGCGCACGAGGAUUGGUUCGAAAAAUCUUUCAUAAUUGUACUACGUGUCGACGUCAAGGUGCUAUUCGACAGCAACAGAUGAUGGCCGACCUACCAAGCUUUAGGGUUAACUACGCAGGCCGACCAUUCUCUGUCACCGGCGUAGAUAUGGCUGGCCCAUUUAGCGUAAAAUUCUCCAAAGGACGCGGGUCAAAGUCUACCAAGGGCUAUAUAGCUGUUUUUAUUUGCAUGGCGACUGGCGCUAUGCAUCUGGAAUUAGCGAGUAACUUAUCCUCAGAGACCUUCAUCAGUGUUAUUAAAAGAUUUGCCUCACGUCGAGGUUAUUGCCGUACAUACGUAUCUGACAACGGAACUAAUUUUGUGGGUGCUGAGAAAGAUCUACGGACAGUAUUUCAACAGGCGAUGAACGAUCCGAACCUCCAGCAUUUUUUUGCGAACUCUAGCAUAGAUUGGCAGUUUAAUCCCCCAAGCGGUCCUCAUAUGGGCGGUUUUUGGGAGUCUGCUGUUAAGCGUGUAAAGUUCCACCUUCGGCGAGCUCUCAAAUCGACCUUGUUGACGUACGAAGAGUUUUAUACCCUGAUCACCGAAGUAGAGGCUUGCGUCAACUCACGCCCUUUGUGCCCGCUCUCGAGUUCUUCGUCUGACCUGGAAACAUUGACUCCUGGUCACUUUUUGAUUGGCGAGCCCCUCAAAGCAUUACCCGAACCUACAAUGCUCGAUUUUAAGGGUAAUAUAAAUCAACGAUGGCAGCUUAUAUCCGCCGUACGUAACCAUUUUUGGCGUCGCUGGCAGCUAGAAUACCUUUCAACACUGCAAACUAGAGCUAAAUGGGUGCGUCCGAAGAAAAACAUACGAGAAGGGGACUUGGUCGUGGUGAGGGACGAACGUAUUCCUCCUGCGAAUUGGAAGCUAGCUCGUGUCGUCAAAUGCCAUCCUGGACAAGAUGGUUAUACAAGAGUAGUAGAUAUCAAAACUGCCGAAGGCCUGUUGACUAGGCCCAUCGUAAAGCUUGUACCUAUUUUAUCAGAUGAUGAAAAGUCUCAGUAG